AUGAAGGGAAAACACCAAGGUGUCCAGAAGAGGCUACUUGAAAUAAAUCCGAGAGCAUUGUACAUGCCAUGUGCCUGUCAUAGCCUGAAUCUUACUCUAUGCGAUAUGGCAAAAUCUUGCAGCAAAGCUAUUACUUUCUUUGGAGUUGUGCAACGGAUCUACAUAUUGUUUUCAGGCUCUAUUAAAAGAUGGCAGGUAUUGCUUGAUAAUGUUCCAAACCUUACUGUUAAAUAUCUCUGUAAUACUCGCUGGGAGAGUCGGAUAAAGAGUGUUCAAGCUAUUAGAUAUCAAGCGCCUCAGUUAAGAAAAGCUCUAUUGGAGUUGCAGAGAACUUCUAAUGAUGACCCCAAAACUAAGAGUGAUGCAAAAUCUUUGGUUACUGCACUUGGAAAUUUUGAAUUCUUAGUUGGCAUGGUCAUUUGGCAUGAUAUUUUAUUUACUAUCAACAUGGUCAGUAAGAAGUUGCAGUCUGAGUUUAUGUGCAUUGAUGUUACCCUUAAGCAAAUUGAAGGUGCCAUCUCAUUUUUUAAGAAGUACAUAAAUGACGGCUUUGCAUCCAGUGUGAACAUUGCAAAAUCUAUUGCAUCUGACAUGGAUAUAGACCCUGUAUUUCCUGUGAAACGUCAUGUUAUCAGAAAAAAGCAUUUUGAUGAAACUAAUGGUAGUGAAGAAAAUAAUCAAAUGGAAGAAGCGCAAGCAGUUGCAAAGGAAUCAUUUAGAGUAAAAUACUUUCUCGUGAUGAUAGAUGUUGCAAUUAAUUCCCUGACCACCAGAUUUGAUGAGCUUAAGUCAUUUGGGAGUAUAUUUGGCUUCUUAUUCAACUCUAAAAAAUGA